UUUAUCCAUCGAUAAACCCGCCGUCGAUCACACUCCUGUCCUGUGGUGUGAUCCCGGAUCACAAGUUCCGCCGGGCUACCGUAUUCGCUCCGGCGCCGGCAGUUAUUCCUAUGGCUAAUACUGCCCUCGUCCUGAUCUCUGUUGUGGCUGCUGCCUUUCUGGCCAUCAUCCUCGAUCCACUUCGUUACCCUGAAUGGAUUCCUCCGAGGUGGUUCAGGAUUUCAGCGGACAUGGUAGUCAUGAACGCUACUAUCUACACCAGCGACCCAUCGCUUCCUUUCGCCCAAGCUAUGGCCGUCCGAGACGGUCGGAUUCUCCGAGUUGGAAGCUAUUCCUCCAUUAAGGGUCUGAUAGGACAUGGAACUUCUCAAUUGAACCUUAACGGGAAGGUUGUAGUGCCGGGGUUCAUUGAUUCACAUGUGCACUUGCUAUUUGGUGGAUUGCAGAUGGCACAAGUGCUACUUCGAGGUAUCAAGAGUAGAGAAGAAUUUGUAAGAUUGGUCCAAGAAGCAUUGAGAGGUAAAGAUGUCGGUGAAUGGAUAUUAGGAGGUCAAUGGAAUAAUGAUAACUGGGGAGGAGAUUUACCUCUUUCUUCUUGGAUAGAUAGCAUCACGCCAGACAACCCUGUAUGGCUUUCACGAAUGGAUGGUCAUAUGGGACUGGCUAAUUCACUUGCUUUAAAGAUAGCUGGAAUUAGCAACAGGACAUCUGACCCAGUUGGUGGAACCAUUAUGAAGAAUUUGGAUGGAGAUCCUAGUGGUCUGCUAGUCGAUUCUGCAAUGAAGCUUGUUCUAGCCGUGAUUCCUGAAGUUUCAGUCAAGGAGAGAAGGGAUGCAUUGUUAAGAGCAAGCAAGUAUGCAGUUUCCAGGGGAGUGACAACAGUAGUUGAUAUGGGAAGAUUCUUUCCAGGCGCCUCAGUUCAUCAUGUUUGGCAUGACUUUUCAGAUGUUUACCAAUGGGCUGAUUCUUCUGGGAAAAUGCUGAUCAGAGUGUGCUUAUUUUUCCCAUUGCAAACUUGGUCUCGAUUAGUUGAUCUCAUCCAAGAAAAGGGUAAAGUGUUCAGUAAAUGGAUGCAUUUUGGUGGUGUGAAAGCUUUUGCAGAUGGCUCUUUGGGCUCAAAUAGUGCACUGUUCUAUGAGGCAUAUGACAAUGAUCCACACAAUUAUGGACUUCAAGUAACAGAUAUGAUUUGGCUUCAAAAUGCAACAAUGCAUGCAGACAAAUGCAGACUUCAGGUAGCAAUUCAUGCGAUUGGAGACAAAGCCAAUGAUAUGGUCCUGGAUAUGUAUAGUACUGUUGCAUCUUAUAAUGGAUUGAGGGAUCGCAGAUUUAAGAUUGAACAUUGCCAGCAUCUUGUGCCAGAAUCACCCAAACGAUUUGGUAAACAACUGGUGAUUGCCUCUGUGCAGCCAGACCAUCUCCUGGAUGAUGCUGAGCCUGCUGAAAAGAAGCUAGGGAUCGUGAGGGCUCAGAGUGGAUCAUACUUAUUCAAAUCGCUAUUUGACAGCAAUGCAACAGUAGCUUUUGGUUCUGAUUGGCCAGUUGCUGAUAUCAAUCCACUAGGAGCUAUCAGGACUGCUAUACACCGAGUGCCUCCUGGAUGGGAAAAUGCUUGGAUUCCAAGUGAGCGUACCACUUUGGAUGAGGCUAUGAAAGCAUCCACCAUUUCAGCUGCAUAUGCUGCCUUCCUCGACAAAGAUUUGGGCAGCCUAUCCAAGGCCAAGUAUGCAGACUUUGUCGUGUUGCCGGCCAAUUCAUGGGAUGAACUUUUGGAGAAUUUACCUGAUACUGUACUGGCGACCUAUGUGAAUGGAAACCAAGUAUAUCCUUGAGAAUGUUGAAUUUUUGGAUCAAGAAUUCGAGAUGACCAAUAUGAACUACAAGCGAAAUGAAAAAGAAAAAACAACAAAAAACUACCAUGGCUCAGGGCUUCUACCCCAAUAUUUUGUACUAACAUCAGACUUGCUCCAACCUUCCUCACCUAGAAUGAGAUUUACUCGGGCCAUUAAAUUUAAAGUAAGAUCUUCCUCCAACUCUUUCAUUUUAUCAGGCCGUGAAUUGCAGCAAGAAUCCUGAACAGAACAAGAUCCUUGAUUUUAGUUAAAGGUAAGGUAGUUUCCAUCUUAGCAUAUGAUCUGGUAAAUAGGCUUUUACCUUUGUGCUUUGAUACAACUUCAAGAACUGUAAGCAUACUUCGUAGAAUCCACAGUGAUAUAGAAGAAUUGCAUAAUCUCUUAGCUCCUCAUGACCUGCAUCUAGGAGUACGAGUCUCUCACAGGCUGCGCAAACAAAAAGAUUAAUAAGCUGUUGUGACAUCAAACAGGAAAUUAAGAGGAAAAGAAAGAGAGCACUGUGAUCAUAUAUUUACCUUUAAUUCUGGAGUACAGAAAUUCCAAGGAAAAAUUAGAGGAAAAUUUACUUGGAUGAAAAUUAGAAGGGAUAGAGGAGAAAGAAGAAUGUUAGGGAUCUUGUAAACUAGGGAUCAUUUUUAACUACGGUCUAGUACAUGGCGUAAAUUGCAAAGUUAUAGUAAUAUAAUUAAUAAAGGUAGUGGGGACUUCCUAGAAUAAGUGGAAGACUUCUUGUUAACGUUAACAUGAUAGCUAGUAUGACAUUGACGCUUUACGCUCACCGAGUUGUUCUACUAUAGGUGGACCAUCCUAGAAAUCUCAUGAGUGCAACAUGCCUUGCGCGCCUCUACAAACAAAAAUCCUUAGGAUCUCAGCCGCCACAAGCACAACAACAAUCCCAUGUACACCCCUCGCAAUUAGUCUUGUGAAGCCUCACUAAUAUGUAUGGUCAUUAGUAACAGAUAUCUAGUUUGCUGUAUCCUUCUAAACCAAAUAUGUUAAUGGUGCAAUCUGUAUUCUGUAGUGUAUUUUAGGCACCUCAACACUCUUUAAUGCUUUCCAAAGAUUUCUACCCAAAAUAGUUCUUUAUCUACCCAACUUGUUAUCAGCGUAUGUUAUAGCAGGGGCGAGUGAUUUACAAUGUACAUCGGACUAUCUCAUGAGUGCAACAUGCCUUGCGCGCCUCUACAAACAAAAAUCCUUAGGAUCUCAGCCGCCACAAGCACAACAACAAUCCCAUGUACACCCCUCGCAAUUAGUCUUGUGAAGCCUCACUAAUAUGUAUGGUCAUUAGUAACAGAUAUCUAGUUUGCUGUAUCCUUCUAAACCAAAUAUGUUAAUGGUGCAAUCUGUAUUCUGUAGUGUAUUUUAGGCACCUCAACACUCUUUAAUGCUUUCCAAAGAUUUCUACCCAAAAUAGUUCUUUAUCUACCCAACUUGUUAUCAGCGUAUGUUAUAGCAGGGGCGAGUGAUUUACAAUGUACAUCGGACUAUCUAUUAUGCUACAAUAUCUAUAAUAUGAGUUUCUUGUUAUUUUUCCCUAAAUGUAUAGUUGAAUCUACAAGGGUUUUAACUCUAGGAUCACUGAAAUCAUUAUCCUUUCUAAGUGCUAAGUACAGAUCACUUGCACUUUUAUUCCUUGAUAACAACAAAGGAAUACAGAAGAAUUUCUAACCAGUUAUAUAGAAGAUGCUUAAAUCCUCUACUUGCUAGUAUCUGGAUAAAUAUCUGGCUUAGGUGUUUUAAUAAGCACACUAUCUUAGAGGUCUUGCAGAUCAUGAAAUUAUUGAUUUAUCCAACUCAUUUAAUUUCUACACAUUUUUAUUUUCUAAAUAAAAUAAGAUUGAUAAGCUUAUCUAUUCUUCACCUUGCAAAAGAGAGGGACCUGAGAAGAGAGGAAUAAAAAAAUCAAAAUAAAGUAACUAUUUCAUUGCCCCUUGAACACUAGCAAAAUAUAAAAUCAUAUUUUGAUAGAAUAAUCUAGGAUUCCUCAAUUGGUUAGUAAUCAUCCAAAUUUCACAUAUGGUGCUUACCCCGUGAUAGUGACCUAUGUUCCUACUCAAG